AGCUACACAUCAGAUAAACAGAUAACCUGAUUAACAGAAAGAGAACGCGGUGAACAGAAGGAGAACCUGGAGGAGAACGGACAGAUCAGCGGUAGAUAAAGAGGUUCACCAGCAGCGUCUGAUGGAGUCUGAAGAGAAUCUGGUCAACGUGUUCGUGCUGCUGCUGUUCGGAUCGCUCUUCACUGUGGUGGGUCCUUCUGCCCCUGAGGAGGGCUGGCAGGUCUACAGCUCAGCUCAGGACACUGAAGGCCGAUGUGUUUGUACGGUGGUCGCUCCCCAGCAGACGGUCUGCUCCAGAGACGCCCGGACCAAACAGCUGCGCCAGCUGCUGGAGAAGGUUCAAAAUAUGAGUCAGUCCAUCGAGGUUCUUGACCAGCGGACUCAGAGAGACCUGCAGUUUGUGGAGAAAAUGGAAGUGGAGGUGAAAGGUCUGGAAAAUAAAUUCAAACUGGUGGAAGACGGACACGAGAGCAACAUCGCCCGACAGUACAAGUCUAUCAAAGCAAAGAUGGAAGAGUUACGUCCUCUGAUCCCGGUCCUGGAGGCCUACAAGGCGGAUGCUCUGCUGGUUCGACAGUUUAAGGAAGAGGCAGCAAAUGUGACAGAGCUGUUGGGAUCACUGCAGGAACAACUAGGAGGUCUGGACUACCAGGAGCUUCACGGCCGAGUGAUGAACCUGGAAGACCGGCUGAGGGCCUGCAUGCAGAGGUUAGCCUGUGGGAAGUUGACGGGUAUCUCUGAGCCAAUCACAAUCAAGACGUCUGGAUCGAGGUUUGGAUCAUGGAUGACCGACCCGCUUGCCCCGGUUGGAGACAACAGAGUGUGGUACAUGGAUGGUUACCAUAACAACCGCUUUGUUAGGGAGUACCAGUCGAUGUUUGACUUCAUGACGACAGAUAACUUCACCUCUCACCGCCUGCCUCACCCCUGGUCCGGCACUGGUCAGGUGGUUUAUAAUGGGUCCAUUUACUUCAACAAGUUCCAGAGUCACACCAUCAUCAAGUUUGACUUCAGCACGUCGAUUAUCAGCCGCUCCCGACAGCUGGACUUUGCCGGUUACAACAACAUGUACCAUUACUCCUGGGGGGGGCACUCGGACAUCGACCUUAUGGUGGACGAGGGGGGGCUCUGGGCCGUCUACGCCACCAAUCAGAAUGCUGGAAACAUUGUCCUCAGCCAGUUAAACCCAAACACUCUGCAGAUUAUUCGCAGCUGGACCACCAACCACCCCAAACGCAGCGCCGGCGAGGCAUUCAUGAUCUGUGGAACCCUGUACGUUACUAACGGCUACUCGGGUGGAACAAAAGUGUACUACGCCUACUCCACCAACUCCUCCACCUAUGAGUACAUCGACAUCCCACUGACCAAUAAAUACAGCCACCUGUCCAUGCUCGACUACAACCCCCGAGACAGAGCACUGUACGCCUGGAACAACGGCCACCAGGUCCUUUAUAAUGUCACACUCUAUCACAUUAUACAGUAACAAAAAGAAUAAUACAGGUUAUUUAUAAUGUUACACUCUAUCACAUUAUAUAGUAACAUAAAGAAUAAUACAGGUCCUUCAUAAUGUUACACUUUAUCACAUUAUACAGUAACAAAGAAUAAUACAGGUCCUUUAUAAUGUUACACUAUCACAUUAUACAGUAACAUAAAGAAUAAUACAGGCCCUUUAUAAUGUUACACUAUCACAUUAUACAGUAACAUAAAGAAUAAUACAGGUCCUUUAUAAUGUUACACUAUCACAUUAUACAGUAACAUAAAGAAUAAUACAGGUCCUUUAUAAUGUUACACUGUAUCACAUAAUACAGUAACACAAAGAAUAAUACAGGUCCUUUAUAAUGUUACACUCUAUCACAUUAUACAGUAACAUAAAGAAUAAUACAGGUCCUUUAUAAUGGUACACUGUAACAAAUUAUACAGUAACAAAGAAUAAUACAGGUCCUUCAUAAUGUUGCACUGUAUCACAUUAUACAGUAACAAAGAAUAAUACAGGUCCUUUAUAAUUUACACUGUAUCACAUUAUACAGUAACAUAAAGAAUAAUACAGGUCCUUUAUACUGUUACACUGUAACAAAUUAUACAGUAACAAAGAAUAAUACAGGUCCUUUACAAUGUUACACUCGAUCACAUUAUACAAUAACAAAGAAUAAUACAGGUCCUUUACACAUAAAUACAAGCUUUAUAAAUGUGACUCCAGGCUGAGAGUUUCAUGAGCAGAGAGGCACAAAGACCAGAAGCAGGAAACAGUUUUCUCAGUGUGACUGACUGACACGUCACCAGUUAACAUUCCAGGAAUGUUAACUCAUCCACUCCAGCACUAAUUGCUGCUAAAGCAACAAUGUCUUGUUUUUAUAUUUCUAUUUGUACACCUGUUCAGUGAACAACAUGCAGCAUCCUGACUCUAACCUGGGACAUGGACCGGAACAGCCUGGCUUCCAUUUUUUGUGCUAAGCUAGGCUAACAGAGUUCCUGGCGUCCGGUCUUUGUGCUAAGCUAGGCUAACAGAUUUCCUGGCUUCCAGUCUCUGUGCUAAGCUAGGCUAACAGUUUUCCUGGCUUCCAGUCUUUUUGCUAAGCUAUGCUAAUAGAUUUCCUGGGUUCCAGUCUUUGUGCUAGGCUAGGCUAACGGUUUUCCUGGCUUCCAGUCUUUGUGCUAAGCUAGGCUAAACAUAUCUUGGACCUGUAAUGGAGCAUUUCCAAAAUUGUUGGACUGUUAACUUAGAUUCUUUAGUUCUUUAAUGAAAAAAAUUUACACAAAUGCACUUGAAAUGUAAACAACACAAUGAAACAAAUGUUUGUCACAAUAAGAAACACUGAAUUAUAUAAAUUAUUUGAUGGGUGACACUGAAGAAUGCAACACGUUUUUUAUAGUAAGGUUUUUUUUGUGGAUGAUAUUUUGGUUCAUGAAACCAGACCCACUGUUAUAAUAAUAAUAAUAGUAAUAAUGUCUUACUGUUGUGUAUUAUAGAUUGAUGCACUGACUACAGUCUCUUUUACAAUGAUUCCGUCAGUUUUUAAAUCUGUUGUCAUAGGUGAAGUAGGGCUAAACCGCCAUCUCUUCAUGUGAACUCACAUCACUCAAAGUGUUCAGAGAGAUCCGCUCUCUCUGUCUCACACCUGGACCCUCUGUCUCACGUCCGGUCCCUCUGUCUCACACCUGGUCCCUCUGUCUCAUGCCAAGAAUUCUCUGAAACUGUCCACCUUUAGCUCAGGAGCCCCCAUCACAACUGGUAUGUCCACCAGCAGGUCGGCGUUUACCGGCAGGUCGGCGUUUACCGGCAGGUCGGUGUGUCCACCAGCAUGUUGGUGUGUCCACCAGCAGGUCUGUGUGUCCACCAGCAGGUCGGCGUUUACCGGCAGGUCUGUGUGUCCACUCAAAAGACGUUCAGGUGGGUGAGGACAUGGUAUUUUCUGGUUGUUGCUUUGUCGUUGUCAUUGCUUUUGACAAACCUCAUUUAUAUCACUCAUCUGUCCUCAUGAAAAGUGUGUAGGACUAAGAUCAGUAAAAAAAGAAAGAUCAGUAAGAAAAGAUCACGAUAAAAACAGGAACUCAUUGAGAGUAUUGUAGUUCAUUUUAACAAUUAAAUGUAUUCUUUGAUUGUUCUUCUUUGUGUUUUGUAUUUUAAUAUAUUCAUACUGUACAUUGAUGUAUUUAGGCCUUUUCCAACACCGAGUACACCGAGUUCUGACUCGUGUACUCGUUGUUGGGACUUGGUCUGGAUGCCUGAGGAGACGUGAUGACAUCACCAUCUCAACUUGUCAUGGCGAAACGUGUCCACUCACUGUAAUGUAUAUUUACAAUAAAAUUAAAUAUGAUAUGAAACACA